AGAACAGGCUCUAUUGUUUUUAAUGAAACAAAAAGGUGAUUUGUUGGUAAACUUACCCGUGGGUUUUGGAAAAAGCCUAAUAUACCAUCUUUUACCGCAGGCCCUAGCAACCCACAGAAUAUCCCCCGUUGUGAUAGUAGUGUCCCCUUUAAAUAUUAUUCAUAAAGACCAGAUGGAAGACUUGAAAAAACAUGGCAUUUCUGCAUGUAGACUAAACAUCUGUUCGAAAGUUGAGGAGACUACGGAUGAUGAAGAUAUGGGAUCAUUUGAAUUGGACUCGACGGGGGUUGAUCUAGAUAAUGUUAUACAUGGCCGAUAUUCCGUAUUAUUGUGUCACCCAGAGGCCCUUCUUAACACUAAGAAAGGGUACUCUCUGUUAAUCGACCCUGCUUUUAAGAAAAACGUAGUUGGCGUUGUCAUAGAUGAAUGCCACAUAAUAGAAAAAUGGGGAGAUGAAUUCAGAACUGCAUUUAAGAGGUUAGGAACCCUCAAAGUCUUCUUCCCUGAUGUUCCUUUUGUUGCCCUUAGUGGUACUCUCACUAGAGAACAAAAGAUUACUAUUCCAAAACAUCUGUGUUUAGUGAAACAUGAAAUAAUAGAAACAACACCAGAUAGACCAAAUAUAUUUCUUGAGAAAAAGCAAAAACAGUCUGGUAUAGAUGUUCUUAGUCAGUACGAGCAGAUAAUAUAUCAAGUAUGUGAUGAGCUGUACAAGAAGCGAGAGUUGUAUCCUGUGACAUUACUUUUUAUUCCAAUAUUCUAUAUGAGUGAAGCACUGAGAUACCUAAAUAGCAUAUUUGGCAUUCAAAAUAUUUACAGUUCCAUAUACAGUGCCUUAUGUACUGGACAGGAUAAUGAAGUCAUUGAUGCAACAAUUAAUGAAUUAAAAAAAGAAAACCCGAGAAUUCGUUUGGUGCUAACCACCUCUAUAUCGGGCAUGGGUUUUGACCCCAGUAAUGUUACCCAAGUUAUCCAUGCCUGUCCUCCAAGAGAUUUAUCUCAGUAUUUUCAGGAAGUGGGAAGAGCUGGCCGCCGAGGACAGCGAUUACAUGCAGUUCUUUACUACAACAAUCAGGACAUUGCUCGCAAUUUACCAGGAAUCCAUGAAAAUAUUAUUAAUUACUGCAAAAAUAACUCCAUGUGUUUAAGAGAUCAGCUUUUAUCUACAUUUGGUUUUACAAAAGACAAAACCAUCACUGGUUGUGAAUGCUGUUCAUGCUGCAUUACACAAUGUCAAUGUACAAAGUGUUCUGAGAAAGAUGCCAUAUGA